ACAGAAACUGGCUGCUGAUUGUGUCAGUAGUGGAUUCAGCGGCACUCUGAUACCAUAUAAAUGUGAUCUGUCUGUAGAGGACGACAUGUUAUCCAUGUUCUCCUGGAUCAAAGUUCAACAUCAGGGAGUUGACGUGUGCAUUAAUAAUGCUGGUUUGGCUCUCCCUGAGCCACUGUUGAGCGGCAAAACCAGUGGCUGGAAAACUAUAAUGGAUGUGAAUGUCAUUGCCCUGUCAGUGUGCGCACGUGAGGCAUACCAAUCCAUGAAAGAAAGAAAAGUUGAUGAUGGUCCUAUCAUUAAUAUUAACAGUAUUUGUGGACACCGGGUCGUCAACAACGCUGAUGCACACUUCUACACCGCCAGCAAAUAUGCAGUGACGGCUCUCACAGAAGGUUUGAGGCAAGAGUUACGAGAGGCCAAAACCCACAUACGUGCCACAUGUAUUUCUCCUGGUUUAGUGGAGACAGAAUGUGCCUACCGACUCUUUAGUGAAAACCCAGAAAUAGCUGUUGCUACCUACAAAAGUGUAAAGUGCCUACAAGCAGCUGACAUUGCAAACGCAGUGGUGUAUGUCCUGAGUGCUCCUCCUCAUGUUCAAAGUGGUGACAUUGAGAUCACGCCAGUGGAGCAGUCGAUGUAACAUGAGCAAAUAAACGGGAUCAAGCAUCUCUGACACAUUGUGA